AUGUAUCUGUACCGUUUUAAGUUGCAAUCUGUAUUUUUAACUGGAUUUGGGAUUGGUUUUUUUCUUGCAUUACUCCUGUUUGCUACUCAAAAUCUAUUUAAUAAUAUUCCUUUAUGUCAAAAAUCCACAUUAAAUUUAUAUUCUGUAAGUGGAAGUACAGUUUUUAAAUUGUUUGUGACUGACACAUGGACAAAUAAAGAGACUGUCUUUCAAAGCUGGAAGAAAUCAACAAAUAUAACAUAUAGAAAAUGGUUAAAUAAUAGACACCUGAAAUUAAAUAAUAUUGAUAUGGAUAGUUAUCUUUAUGGAUCUGAAAAGAAGGAAGAGUUGGAAGCUAAUUGGUUAAAAUCACACAUUCAUAUUACAUGCGUAGUGUUUGUGAAGAAAGUUAAAUUAGCUAGAUCUAUUCAGGAUACUUGGGGAAGACAUUGUAAUAGAAUAUACUUUUUUGGUCAAGUAAAAGACUUCAAAGUCCCUAUUAUAAAUUUUGAGAUAAAAUUAGUAUCUUCAUGGCAACUUUUAUGUGAAGCUAUUAAUUAUAUUUGGAGAAGUAACAAAGCUUUAGAGUGGAUUAUCUUUGUACAAGACGACACAUUGGUGAUUCUUGAAAAUCUACGUUAUAUGCUCAGCCCAUUAAAUCAUACUCAAGAUCACUAUUUGGGUCAUGCAGUCAUUUUAUGGGGUCAACCUUAUAAUAUUGCUGAUGCAGGAUAUGUAAUUAGUAUAGGAGUUCUUAGAAAGUUAAUUAAAAUGUUUGAUAAUUCAGAGAAAUGUAUAACCAGUGGUAGAUAUUGGAAACAGGAAGAUUAUUAUCUUGCUAAGCAUUUAGCCUCUAUGGGAAUUUAUCCUUCUGAUACAAGAGAUCAGUACCUAAGAGGUACUUUCCAUGGAUAUCCUUUACAGUCUUUACUAUGGGGUAUUGUUAAAACUGGUGCUUAUUGGACUCAUGCUAUGUAUCCAACAAACGACGAAUGUUGUUCGUUUUUGUCUGUUACAUUCAAUAUAGGAGAAUCUGAAAAAAUGUACACCAUGAAUUAUUUAUUAUACAAUUUUCAUGUCUUAAAGAGAAAAGCUAUUUUUGGAAGUAAGAAAGCUGCAACAGACAUACCUGAUGAGGAUGUGUGGAAAGUUGCAUUAAAAGAAGAGUUUAAUAUUACGCAUUUAAAUAACAUUUCAAGCGAAUUUUAUUACGAAAUAUGGCACUCAAAAUAUUCUGAACCAGAACAAUUAAUUAGCAAGAAUUAUUGA